AUGGAUUCGGUUAUUACGAACUGGCUGACCCAUAGUCCUCGAAGCGUUCCCAAUGUGGGCGAGGACCUAAGCUGCGUUGACCAAUGGCUAAAUCAUGGCGUGCCAGAUUUGGCCCCAGACUUUGGCGAGGAUGAAAUUGCUCGUUCUGUGGAGGAAUUUACUGGCCAAGAAUUUUUUAACGACUCGCCGCUGCCUUUCCUGCUCCUGGAGCAGCAGGGCAACAUGCCGCCUGUAACUGGGCUCAGCGCGCCACCCCGCCAGUACGCCAACCAGAUGGGAACAACGGGCACCAAGGCGCGGGUCCGGCCUGCGCUGGAAUCCGUGCCUGAGUGUGCGCCGUCACCGUGUGCUCCGCUGCCCAUCCCGCCGGCAGCGGACAUUCCUCCCCCCAGCUUGAUCGGCCCUGACCGGGUUGACAGCGCUGACUCAUGGCCCAGCGCUCCAAGCCCCGCUCCUGGGGCAUCGCCAGGUGCGAGCUCGGCGCACUUCUUGUCGCGCUCUCCGUCCAAAGCGGACGCCGUUACCGCUGCAUAUUGUGCGCCGGCGUCCAAGGCACCAGCGAUGCAGGUGCCUAUCGAUGCCGCUCCCUCUCAUGUUGAUGGCGGAACGGAGCUCGUCAGUGGGGCCUUACGUGGCGGCAAUACUGGUGGUGCUGUCGCUGGGGUACUGCGUCACGUUCCGUCUACGGGAACCCUGUCGGUUCUCAUGAACAACACACUGAGCUUUAUAGAGCGUGAAGGCACGGAUGAAAGCACCCAGCAGCAGCAGCAGGCGCAUGAGGGCGCUUCAAUGGGGGUGGCGGUGGCGAGCGCGGCGCCAGCGUUGCCACCAAGCUGCGCUCUGGGCUCUGUUAGCGCGGGCUUCCUACUACAGGUGGCGCAGCCCGCAGACAUGUUUGGCAUGGCAGCACACCUCUAUCCUUCCGCAACCCCUUUUUCGCCUGCCCCAUACCCGUUGGGCUUCGCUAUGCCAUUGCCACCAUCCAACAUGCUUGCUGGGCCCGUUGUUGACGUUGGUGCCGAGGACGCAGCAGCAGCGGCGGGUGCGAGUGCAACUUGCACGGCAGGGAUGCCUGCUGUGUCACCUGGUAGCGCCGGAGCAGCAGUGGCCAUCGGAGUCAACGGCUCCAAGCUGCGUAAGAGCCAGAGCGCACUGGAGCUCGGCGCCUGGCGGUCCACCUCCCUGGAGCUCCGCGCGGAUGCGGCGGAGGUAGCAGCGACGGGGCAAAAGCUGAUCGGGCGGCUGACGCCAGAGGAGCGCAUGCAGCGCAUCCUUCGCUACCGCAGCAAGCGCAACAACCGCAACUUCAACCGCGAGAUUAAGUACCAAUGCCGCAAAACGCUCGCGGACUCACGGCCGCGCGUGGGCGGCCGCUUUGCACGUAACGAUGACCCGAACAGUGUAAUGCCGCACCAGACAAAGAAGGCGCUGCGCAUGAAGCACCAGGGCACCGCUGGAUGUGACAGCAAGCAGGGUGUGGACACCCCGACCACCUUCGACAUACAGCAGUUGCGGCAGCAGCGGCCACAACUCCGAGCUGCGCAGCCCGCGAGCAGCUCCACCACAACGAGCUCCGCGGCCGCACAGGGCGUAUACGUGCACCUUGGAGUGGCGCCGGGGGCCGCACCUGCAGCAACCCUGCAGGAACCGGCGGGUGCCGGCGGCGGUUUCGGUGGCGCAGCGCCGCAGCUGGCUGCUGCCGCCCCGUCAACGCAGGUGAACGCCGAAAGCGACAGCAAGGCUGCGGGGAUGGCCGAGGCCCCGUACAUGAUGGAGGCGCCACAACGGAUGGAUUCGCCAUCAAUCGACGCGCUAUGGACGCAUUUGGAGCCGGGUCUGGACGCGGUGGCUGGCGCAGCAUGCAUGGCUGUGGACGGAUGA